AUGGCUACGAACGCGAAAGUGGCGCCCCCGCUGCCUGCCAACGGAGUCAUAUCCGCACCUCCCAAAGGUCUUCCUGGCGGCAAUCGUAAGAAGCAAAAGCGGCGAGCCAAGCAAGCAGCAAAGAUCACCCCUCAGCCGGUGGGCAAUGGGACUCCGCAGCCCGCCGAACAAGACUACGAGGAGGAUCCUCUACGAUAUGGCGAUGACGACGACGACUACGACUACUCCGAUGCGGAGGGAGAGGACGAGCAAUACGCUGACCAAUACCCUCCACCUCACUCACACGACAAUCACCACCAUCAUCAUCACCACCACCACCACGACCAUGGCUUCGACAUGCCACCGCCUCCUGUCGCCAAACGUAGUCGCAAGAAGAAGAAAGGCAGUGUAGGCCACGGCGCAUAUGAUCCAAGCAUGCUACCACCACUUCCGAACCCUCCUCAUCCUCACCCACACCCGCCGUCGAGGGCACUCAGCUCCAUGCACAGGAACACGCACCAUCACGAUGACAUCUGGAACACGAGCACAGCACAAGAGCGACAGAACAUCAAGGAGUUCUGGCUGAGCUUGAGUGAAGAGGAGCGUAAAUCAUUGCUGAAGAUUGAGAAAGAAGCGGUAUUGCGUAAGAUGAAGCAGCAGCAAAAGCACUCUUGCUCAUGCACGGUAUGCGGUAGGAAGCGGACGGCGAUUGAGGAAGAGUUGGAAGUGCUCUACGAAGGCUACUAUGAGGAGCUCGAGCAGUAUGCACACCACGACCAUCCCCCACUACCUUCGGUGGACGGCCUUAUACCGGAUCCUCUGCAGCACCAUCGGCCGCAUCCGCUUGCUGCACCACCGCCGCGACCGCAGCAUAGGACAAGUGCUUUGCAUGAACAUCUGGACGAAGACGGCUAUAGCGACGAGGAGGAUGAUGAUGAAGAGGGAGAAGAGUAUUCAGACGAAGACGAAGAAGGCUAUUCCGAUGAGGAUGUGAUGCCGGAGCCACCGCGAGCAGGGGUGCCUGACUUUUUCAACUUCGGCCAGAAUCUCACUGUCAAAGGUAUCCUCACACCUUGGCUUGAAAAGUUGCAGCAAGGGCUAAAGGGUAAAGCAGACAAUCUACUGACCGUGGCCGACGACCUGCUGAAGAACGAUGGCCGCAAAUUCAUCGAGAUGAUGGAGCAACUGGCUGAGCGACGCAUGCAGCGGGAGAGUGAAGCAGAAUACGCAGCUGCGAAUCCCAGUCAUCCUGGCGGCUAUCCUCCAGAUCCUGGCUACAGUCAUGAAGAUCCUCUAGCGGCGAAUGAGGAAUUCGACGAUGACGAGGCCUCGUAUGACAGCCAAGAAGAUUACGACGACGAUAUGGAUGAUGAGUCCGAGACUGGCGGCCUGACAGAAGAACAACGAAUGCAAGAAGGUCGGCGGAUGUUCCAGAUCUUUGCUGCACGGAUGUUCGAGCAACGAGUACUUAAUGCGUAUCGAGAAAAGGUGAGUGCAGAACGUCAAGCGAAGUUGUUGGAGGAGCUGGAAGGUGAAGAUCAGGCUCGUGCGAACAAGGAGGCCAAGAAAGCUCGGGAUGCGCAAAAGAAGAAGGAGAAAAAGAAGAAGCAGCAGCAAGUCAAGGCGGAGGAGAAGGCUCGGAAAGAUGCAGAGAAGGCUGAGGAGGAGGCAAGGUUGCGGGAGGCGGAGGAGAGGAAAUUAGAGGAGCAGAGGCGGCGGAAGGACGAGCAGCGGAGGAAGAAAGAUGAGGAAAAGCGAAAGCAGGAUGAGGAGCGGGCGCGGAAAGAUGCUGAGAAGGCUCGCCGAUUACAGGAGGACCAGCAACGUCGUGAAGAUGCCGAGCGGAAGGCUCGCGAGCAGCGCGCGGCGGAGAAGGCGAAGAAAGACGAGCAGCGAAAGCGCGAAAGGGAAGAGCGCGAGGCUCGUGAGAAGGAAGGCCGAGAUCGCAAAGCGUUUGAGGAGAAGGACAGAAAGGAGCGCGAAGCCAAGGCUCGAGCCGACGAGGAGGUCAAGAAACGAGAGAAGACCGCUCAACAAGCAGCGCAGCCGCCAUCACAAGCACCGCAGAUCACGAAACAACCUUCGCAGAUCGGUAUGGUUGCAAUACCAAGCGUGCACCAAAAGCAAACUCCUUCAGGCGUUUCCUCGCCACACCCGCAAAUUGCGGCUCCCGCGAUUCCCAAAGCACCGACUCCUGCCAAGCAACGACAAGCAUCCCAACAAGGCUCGCUUGCCUCAUCACCAAAGCAAGCACCUUCGCAGGUAUCAAGUGCUCCUAGCAAGUCAUCUUCUCCAGGCAGUAUACCCGAGCCUCAGCAUCAGCGUGGACAGCAGGGCCCGAUCGGGCAGCCAAGGACCAUCAUGCAAAAGCCAAGCAACCAGCACAUGGGUCCACAUCAUCCUAUGCAGACAAUGUCGCCUUUACACCAGCACCCCAUUCAAGGCCCGCCGGGCAUGCCACAGCAUCACCAAGGUGGAUUCGGUGCCAUGGCACCGAUGGGAUUCCCAGGCUUUCAAGGUCAACAGCCGCCUAUGAUGCACGGUAACAUGGGCCAUCGUGGGCCUGUGCCAAUGUACCAGCAGCAGCACGGCCCUCCCAUGGGCGUACCAAACCGUAUGCCAUUCAGUCCUAACAUGAACGGCAUGCCCGGCCCACCUGGCAUGAUGCAACCUCCAGGCCGCGGUAUGGGCUUCCCAUUCGAUGGACCAGGACCGCAAUCAGGCUUCAUGCCAAAUCAUCCACCGAGUCACACGUCACCAAUGGACCACCCGCAAAUGCAGCAGCAACCGCCUAAUGCCGAGCCACCACGAGCAGAGCUACCAGGCCACUCCCGCCAACCAUCAGCCAGCGAGAAAGAGCGCUUCGAAUCCGCCGCAAACCAGCCGAUUGCACGACCCGCCCCUAUCCAGCGGCCAAGUAGUGUCAAGCCGCUAGCCGACGAACGCAAGGGCUCUAACAGCGACCUCGACGAUCUGUCCAAGCACCUCGGCAGCUCUGCACUCCUAGCCGACGACGACGAACCCCUCCCCACCGUAGCAGACAACCGCCGCCAUUCCGGCAUGCAGAGUGUAGGCCGCAACGCACCCCCCGUUGGCCUCGGCGCCCUAGGCGGUUUCGGCGGCGCACCACAAAGCGGCUUCGGUGGCGGUCCAGGCAGUAAUUGGAACACGCCGAGCUUACAACACUUUGGCCCCGGCUCCGCUGGUCUCGGUCCCACGCAGCAAUGGGGCGCCAUUCCACCGCCGGGCAUGAGCGGCUGGGCACAGAACCAGUCUGCUUUCGCCGCAAACGGGGCUUUUGGCUCGAUGGGCAGUGGAAUGCAGCCGCAUCGGCCGACGGGGACGAGUUUGAACCGACCGUUGACCAUCCGGCUGGCGGUUUGUCAGGCUUGUAGGCAGCUUUCUUCUGUUGGUGAGGGCGGGGAUGGCUUUCAUCCGCUUGAGGUCUUGCUGAGGCAGAUUGAGGGGAAUCGUCCGCUGUUGGAUUCGCCGCCUACGUUGAGGGAAAUCGAGGAGAUUUGUGAGACGGAGGGGGAUUCGCAGAAUGGGGGUGGGGAACUGCAUGUUCGGAGAUCGGGUUCUGACUCUAUACCCAAUGGCAAUGGUAACAGGGGUUUUGCUGUGAAAUGGGAGCCCGAUGCCGGAACGCCUGCGGACGCUUCGAGGGGGCCGCAGGGACUGGGCGAGAUUGGGAGUCCUAUGCCUGCGAAGCUUUCGCCUGCUUUUGGCGCGCCGGGUAUGGGGAGGCAGCCUCAGCAGCAGGCUUUCCAGAGUCUGGGUGCUGUUGGGUCGUCGGGCUUCUAG